GGGGGGGGUAAGAGGACGGCACCACUCCUCUGACGGACACACAGUUCGUUAACUCUCUUCCCUCGCACUCCUUGUUGCACUUUAGUUGAGAAAUGGCAACGCCUCGUGUGGUGCCGCUGACGCAGAAGCCCGUGCCCGUCCUUCCCAAGGACGGGCUGAAGGUGGGAGACCUCAAGCGGGCCAUCCCGCCGCACCUCUUCCAGCGCUCGCUCCUCCGCUCCAUGUUCCACCUCUGCGUGGAUCUUGUGGAAGGUGGCCUUGCUCUUGCGGUGGCUCUCUUCCUCAUUGAAAAGGUGGAGAACCCGCUUGCGUUCUGGGCUCUCUAUGCUGCCUACUGGGCCUUCCAGGGCCCCACCUUUACCGGCCUCUGGGUCCUCGCCCAUGAGUGUGGCCAUGGCGGCUUCUCUGACUACACCAUCGUCAACGAUACCGUCGGCUACCUCGUCCAUACCGCGCUCAUGGUUCCUUACGCCGCGUGGCAGGCAUCGCACUCGAAGCACCACCACUACACCAACCAUCUGACCAUGGAUGAGCCCUUUGUCCCCUCGCGCCUCCGCGACGACGAGGUGGUUGCCCUCGAGGCGGCCGGCGCACCUGUCAAGGCCGUCGACUCGAUCUCCCCGCCUUCGUUCUUCCACACCCUCACCAACGUCCUCAUCAUGGAGACCAUUGGCUGGCCGCUCUACCUCGCGGUCAACGCUUCAGGCCCGGCGGCGGACGGCGUCGUCUCACACUACGACCCGGCCACCCCGCUCGUCAAGCGCCGCCACUCGUGGAAGAUCUGGCUCGGCAACGCCGGCCUCCUUGUCUGGACCGCCGCCAUCGUUUGGGCCUGCUACGCCUUUGGCACCGCCCUCGUUGUCCGCACCUACGUCAUCCCGCUUGCCAUCUGCAACAUGUUCCUCGUUUCGAUCACCUUCCUCCAGCACACCGACCCGGACGUCCCGCACUAUGACGCCGAGACCUGGACCUGGCUCCGCGGCGCGGUUGCUACCGUUGACCGCACUCUCGGCCCGUGGCUUGACUACAAGACCCACCACAUCACCGACUCGCACGUCGUCCACCACAUCUUCUCCUCCAUGCCCUUCUACAACGCCCUUGAGGCACCCCGUACGUCAAGGAGGCGCUCGGCAAGUACUACGUUCAGCGCGGCAACUCAUUUGGCGACUUCCUCUCCGCCCUCUGGCGCUCGGCCGGCACUUGCGAGGUUGUCCACGGCAAGGGUGUUCUCCACUUUGUCAUGGAUCAGGAUGAGGCCCAUCACUUCCACAUGCCGCAGGUCUCCGUCUACGACGCCGACGAGUAGUUAAGGUAGUCCCCAUCGACCACAACCAAGGCUUGGGAAAUUGAACCUUUUCUUUUUCUCCCA